AUGGAUAGUAAUCAAUGGCCCAAGGCGGAGCGUCCGUUCCAAGAAAAUGAAAUCUUGGACUUUUCCAGCUUGGAUAAUAUACUCGACACUGAUACUGAAUUUGGAAGAAGUACCAGUAAACAUGUACAACACACAGACCCCCCACUGCAACAGGACCAGUUGCUGACAUACAAUAUAGACCAGGCGUCACAAAAUACUCCCUCUCCUAACUUCUAUCCUUCAAGCAUUGAUGUUAAGCAGUCUCUUUCAAAGGCUUUACCCGCCUCGCAUAAUGUCAAGUCCGAAUCUCCACAACAGGCCGAGUACAACAGCAAUGAGGAUUCCAACAAUCAAUCCGAAUCAAAUAUAAAUACAGCGAAGUCCCGGAGGAGCUCAGUGGUGACAACUCCAGGUGGGACUAUUGUUGAGCGCAAGCGCAGAGACAAUAUCAAUGAACGUAUACAGGACCUACUCACUGUUAUUCCGGAGUCUUUUUUCCUAGACCCCAAGGAUAAAGCAAAAGCUACAGGUACCAAAGAUGGAAAGCCUAAUAAGGGGCAAAUUUUAACAAAAGCAGUAGAGUAUAUUCAUUGUCUUCAACAGGAUAUUGACGAUAGAAACCGUCAAGAGGUCGCUUUGUCCUUGAAACUCAAAAACUUAGAGAUUGCUCAUAAUGUACCGGAAGAACGCAGAGAAGAUUUAAAAAAUACCUCUGCCGAAAAGGGCCUGGGUAGCAUUGGUGUUGGACCACUAGCAGAUUGA